GAUAUUGGAGUCCUUCGCCGUUCAAAUUCCAAGAUUUCCAAUGCGGCCGGGAGUCGGAGAUUACAUAACCGGAAAGCGCCCACGUCGAUCCUCGAAAGCAGCUGUCGACCGAACUCUGAUGCAGAUCAGUCCAAUCGUAACGAGCCACGUGACCGGCCAAAUUGUGAAGAACCCGCACCUCGUCGAGUUCCAGUCGAUCCCGGUAAUUUAGCUGUUGAUCAAUCUCAUCGGCUUUCCACGCAAAAUGUCAACACUGCGUAUCGUCCGUAUGGAAAUCAACGGGUGAGAGAUUGGUUACGUGAAGCCGGGGUAGCCUGGGAGCAUUCUGCUGUUGAUGUUAUGGACACACAAAGCCAGUCUGCCAUGGAAAACUCGGAAAGGAAAAAUUCCGGCUGUUUAUCAGAUCGUCCGGCUCGUCGAAUCCACAGUCUGGCUAAUCCCAACAAUGUCCCUGUGGGACCACCAACGGAUCAUUCAUCCCCGUCAGCUUUGACCCCAAAUGUCGAGAAUGUGACGUUGGAAUCGACUGAACAGGGGAAAAUGCUUCCACGAGGUAUGGGUGAUACUGCCGCCUCCCGCGUGGGACCCACAAAGCCAGAUGUGUUGGGUUCCUGGAACCCUGAACAGCUACGGCACAGUUCAGAAAUUUCUCGUGCCCAACGAGAUUUUCAUUCCAUUUCAGGACCAUCUAUCGGUCAGGGAGAUACACGCAAAUCUCUCACACCGUCAUCUGUGUCGGAUAAAACUGAUGAUCCUCGGGUAAAAGGGAACCUGGAAUGCGAUUCACCAGCGUCCCCACAAUCGAAUUCCACCGCCACAGAAAGGUCUGAUGUAUAUCGCGAAAACGGCAACCAGUCUCAAUGCUAUAACGGGCAUCAACAGAGACCACAACGGCCGGAGCAGAACAUAAUGCAUCAGAGUGAACGCAGUGCAUAUCCCGUUGUGGCUGGCCUGAACCUCGACACUGUCGGUGUUAGUACACGCCAACGCUCUUUCCCUCGUACCAAUCCAACGGUUUCCCGAUCUGUUCCAGGUGGAACAAAUUCAAGAUCUGCUCGAUUUUCAGCAACUACGCUUGAUCGUCCAACAAAUACCGGUUAUUCAAGUGUAAACACCGGCUCGAACAAGAGUGAGCAACGAAAUUCUACACCGGCCGUUCAGCGAACUCCAACGUUCAAUGUAGUGCAUUUCUCAAACACAGAUCUUCGAAUCACCGUUCCAAACGCAUCCAGCGGUUUGGAUAACGCAUCUAGUCCAUUGAAGGACACAAAAGAUUCUUCGAACAAAUCCCUUGAAGAUCCAUCCUCACCCGAUUUUCCCUAUACCCGAACAAACCAUGUGCCUACAACAACGACAAUUAAUUAUGAACAGGGUGCUAAGUCAUUAAUGCCUGGCAAUAGUAAGGACAACCAUCACAACAGCAAUAGUCCUGCCUCUAUCUCUCCCCAACCAUCCUCUUCCUCAUCCUCAACUUCUUCGUCCUCCUCUUUCUCACGCGCAUCAUCCGGAACUGCUCUGACCAAUACGGACUCGGAAGAGAACAAACACGUUGUACAUUCAGCUCCUGAUCAACUUCUGGAUUCAGUUAUUCAUGCCUAUCCGGCACCACGACGGGCCAGUCUAAAUCAGGAAAACAAAUCCGUUGAAUUCAAUCCGUUCCAGCAGCAGCCACACCAACAGUUACAGCAACAACAGCCCCUAUAUCCCGUUUCACCUGAACCGAACAAGAUAGACAGUAACAUCGACCUCGAUCAACCCCCGAUUCCACCCCCUCGGUCUGCUUCAACGUUGGGCCCCAACCGAGUUUUGCAACACUGUACCUCCGAUUUCUAUCGAUUAGCGCAAGGUGAUAUGUUAGUCCGUUCCGAUCCCUAUGCACUGACUCAACGACCCUAUGCGUUGUAUUAUCCCCGUUACCCACAAUAUAUGGUACAACAACACAUACCCCAUAUCGAUGGUCCAUUGCUCGGUGAAGGUCGCGCUGUAUCGUCCCUAUCGCGGAAAGAUCCGACUCGAGCCAAUGUGAUUCCUCCGAACCAUAGACGUCCACCACCAUUCAUUUAUCAAACUCGACCGCCCUAUCCGAUGUCCGGUCCAACAACAAUUUACUAUUUACACCAAUUCGAUGGCCCUGUGCAUGAGGCAUCGGUGAACUAUGCCUCCAAUGCGAACGUUGGUGCACCCAACGCGACUAAUCGAUUGAGCUCGACCAGUUCACCUCUGUUACCUUCUACCGGUGUUGAGCUGUGCAGCAUUGGCGGCAGCGGUAAUGGCCCCACCGGGGCUACUUCACCAUCCACGGCGACCACUUGGGUUUCGCAUUCUACAGCCACAUGGGAUCUGGAGAAAUUACGCGCCGAACAUAGUCAAACCGUGCCCACCUCGGAUUGUGAGCUACAGUCUCAACCUCUUGCGCCUGCAGUGCAUCCAGCCGGUGAGACACCCAUUUCAAUCGGGACAACAAGUACAGGAAACAGUGGUAACACGGCCGCGGUGCUACAUCGAUCUCCCUCGGGUGGAUUUAUUGGUCCUGAGGAGUUGAAUGAUAGUGUGUGGUAUUCCACUUCCGAUCGGGAUCGUGUCGGUACUCCUUCUGUGCCGUUAUUCACUCUCGUUCAGCCGGGACAUCCACAGUUCCCCAGCUUCAUCGCUCCGUUCGAUUGGCCCCGUACACUGUUUAAACCAGAUCAGGAUGUGUCUUCACUGAUGAGCUGGACCAAGUCUACUUUCUCAAAGCGCUUGUUAGUCUCCACUGAACCGAAUAUGAAGAAACAGGCGGCUGAUACUUUCAAAAUUGUUCAAUCUUUUAUGGGUGAUCGUAAAGCACGACUGAGUCUACCGGAUUAUGGCUCAAUUAUCGUACAUCGGGCACUGAAUACCGUCGGUUUGCGGGAUGAAAUCUUCGCUCAACUUUGCAAACAAACCACCGGUAAUUCGGAUAUAAAAAGCCUGACGAACGGCUGGGCAUUGAUCUGCGUGUGUUUGUACUACUUUCCACCGAAUAGCAAAUUUCGUGAUGCUUUAUUGGCUUACCUGAACGCACGAGCUGAUGCGGCUGUGAGUUUGGUGUUCCCGUCUGCACAUUCGCUGAACAAAGUCCCAUCCAGUUUGGAAGCAGCUGCAGCGAUUGCAUCGGGUUUGGCCCCAAUCGUUUCCGAACUGAAACCAGUUUCGAAUGGGCAUACUGUGAGCUACAGCCAGGCCACCACAACCACUAGGGCCAGUACGAUCGGUUCCACCAGAAGCGAUGCACUACUGAGCGAAUCCUCAGAUCUCUUUGAAUCCGAUUUGCUGGGAUCUACUGCGUCCACGUCCGCGGCACGUCGGAUGAAUAACUCUCAGUCUAAUGCACCGCGGCCAUUUGAGUUUUCCAUUGGUCUGUGGGAUCGACCCACAGCGGCUCAUUUCGCUCGGGUUGCUCCUCGCUGGUUUGUUCGCGCCCUGAAUGUUGGACCUAGAAAGCUUUUGGAGGCGCCGUCGAUUGAAGAGAUAUGUCAUGUCAAAGAUUUCAUUCUCAAACCAUCCAUUUUCGGAGGUACCCUAACGGAAAUGAUGCGUAUCCAAGCCUACCGGUUUCCGCAUCUCCGUUUGCCAUGGAUACAAAUAUUCCUCACCGAAGAGUUGCUUCGAUUAAAUGGACCGGUGACAGAAGGUGUAUUUCGGUAA